AUGCCAACUGAAAGCGACGGCCAAGGCGAGUCGCCCCCAGACCCUGCCCACAGCGGGUCUGACCAAAUCCGGCCAAGAAACAGGAAUCGGCGAGGCAAGCAAAAGAACAACACCAAGUUUGGAGCUGCAUCUCAAUCCAAGCCCCCUUCAACUGUGGAACCAGAGCUCAAGGGAUAUUACUAUGAGCUCCCAAACGUGGAUCCAAGAGUGCCCCCAUUCCUCCAAGUCGUGAAGGCCCACAUUGCUUACUUCGUGUCAAACCGAAAGGAUGCUUCCGAUUACCUGAUGGUGGGAGAAUCAACUUCAACCGCCAAAGACCCAUUCUCUCUGCCUCCUUUGGUUGCACCAAACCUUCCGGAUUGGGACAACAAACAGGAAGAACAUGAUUACUUAAAGAAGGACAAAAAGUAUGAGGCGGAGAAGUCUGUGUGCAAGGCAAAUGAAGCAGCUCUUUGCGCAAUGUUGAAACGACACUGCUCCGCAGCAUUCCUGAGCGCUGCUGAAAGCCAUCCAAAGUGGAGCACGGUCAUUGCGAACAACAGCUCAAUGGAUAUGCUCAAGGUCUUCCAGAUCGUGGCGGCCACAGGCGGAUCCACCAACGUUGACCCAACCAUGAUGGGUGUCGAAGCUCAAAGAAAGGCUUACACCUGCAAGCAGAAGGAAAACCAGACCAAUGCAGAAUACCUCCAAGUCUUCAUGCAGCUUUCCAAUACGGCCAGAUUCUGCGACUGCCCCAUGGGAGCCUCCCUAUCCAGGCUCAUCCAAGAGACCGGCAAAUCGGACCCAACACUGGCUGAACUGAGAGCGGUAGAAGAGAAGAUUGUGGAGAAGGAGAUGGCAAGAAUGGCUUUUCUCCUCGGAGCCGACAGAAAGCGGUAUGGGGGCCUUAUUGCCCAGGCCAACCAUGCAAGACUGUUCAGCGGAAGCGACACGUUUCCCACCACCAUGUCAGGAGCUAUCGAAUUGCUCAACAACAGCAGGCCACUUGUUACCUUGUAUCAUUCAAGCAUCCGCAGCUCGGAAAUCGGUGCGUCAUUCCUUGCCGACGGCCAACCAUCCACUGAGAGCGGGGCGGGCGGUCGCGGCGGCGGUCCCAACGGAAGAAGCGGCGGCGGUCGGAAUGGCGGGCGCGGAAGCAGCGGGCGCGGUGGUCGUGGGCGAGAUUUUGAGCGACGUCCAAAUAGAAACCACGAACAACACGAAACUCACAUCACUGACACAUCCAACAAUAACAAUAACGAUGAAGUUGACGAGUAUCUGACCACUGAGGAACCUAGCGAUUCAACCAACCCAGUCAAUACUGACUCCAUAGCAGUCGAUGAAGACGUUUCCACCACUGAGCACCUCUUCCUCCAUUCCAACAACAAGUUGUAUGUGAAACUCAUUCUGAAGCGCCACCCGCAAUCAGGCCUACCGGUAACAUGGAUCGUUCUGGACACUGGGUCUACAGCAAACAUCUUUUGCAAUCGAUCACUACUACAAAACAUUCACAAGGUCAAACAUGGACUGAAGGUCCGAUGCAAUGCAGGGGUGGUACAAUUGAACAUGAAGGGAUAUUUUGGGGAUUAUCCGGAUCCAGUAUGGUUCAACCCCGAUGGGAUUGCCAACAUCCUAUCAUUCCAUGAUGUCAACAAGCACUACCACGUUGUGUAUGACAACAGGGGAGCAGACCAAUUCGUGGUGGACUUUGGCGGCACCAAGAAAGUCGAAUUCCUCCCAACCGACAAGGGAUUGUAUCACAUUGACCUCGAUGACUACUGCAAGACGUCAUGGACGUUCCUGGAAACUGUGAAAGAGCAGAAAGCCAAGCACACCAAAGCGGCUGUAAUGCGAGCGGCGCAGGCUCAACACAUUUAA